CCGAAGGGCUGAGCCGCAGGGCGCUCCCCAGGGGCAUUCUGUGUGAGCCGGCCUGGAGAUCGCAGGCCCAGGGGGGCAGCUCCACCCGAGGAGACAAGACACGCCUCAAACCGGGCAAACUCCCGGCCUCCUCUGGCCCCAAGCCAGCAGCCGCCGCCCGCCACCUCCUCUCCUCCUGCGCUGUUGCCCCGACUGCCCUGCCGGGCCCCGAACUCGCUGGCGCCUGGGCGCGCGGCCCCUCGGCCCAAGGGGCUGGCGACGCGGUUGGGACGAUGUGGCGCAUGCGUGGUGGCGCCACCAGGCGCGGGAGCUGCGGCGGAGGGGACAGCCGCGGGCAGGGCCGCCCGGGCCGCGUUCGUGGGGGUGGCGGCAGCGGGGGCUGGCGAGGCCGCGCGGGCGGCGCCCGACAGCAGCUGGAGGAGCGGUUCGCCGACUUGGCAGCGAGCCACCUAGAGGCCAUCCGCGCGCGGGACGAGCGGGACCGACAGAACGCGCGGCUGCGUGAGGAGAACGCCCGACUGCGGCUCGAGAACCGGCGGCUGAAGCGCGAGAACCGCAGCCUCUUCCGUCAGGCCUUGCGGCUCCCCGGCGAGGGUGAUGACGGGGCGUACGCGGAGGCGGCGAGGGCGACCCCGGGCCCCGAGGAGGCCAGCACGAACAGGAGGGCUAGGGGCGGCGGCCCCGAGGACGAGCAGGGCAGCCCCAGGGCCCUGAGAGCCCGGCUUGAGAAGCUGGAGGCCAUGUACCGCCGGGCCCUGAUGCAGUUGCACGUCGAACAGCGGGGGCCGCGCCCGCGUGGGGACAAGGAGGAGCCCUGUCCACGCAGACCCGACUCAGUUCAGCGAACCCCGGAGCCGGAGCCCGAGCCCUCGGAACCCUGGCUGUAGCCGGAGGCCGCAGCCCGGGGGAGGCGGGGCUUCGCGCGGGCCCCUCCUCCUCCGUUCACGGUUGCCCCCAGCUAGCGCGCGCCUGAGCCGCGCGCUCCCGCCUCCUGCCCGGCCCGGUCACUUCCGGGGGCGCGUCGCGUUCGGGCGGCAGAGGCUGAGAAGGGCGCUGGGCCAUCUGAGUCCCUACGUGUACAAAGCAACUUUCUCUGGCCGCUGCUCGUUUCCGUAGAGAGAGGCCAGGCAACGGAGGGGCGGGUUUUAAAACAGCAAGAAAUGGGUGCCAGUCAACACGUCCUAAUGCCUGAACUUUUCUGAGUGUUGUGAGGACCUGUGGUAUUUUUUCCCUCUGUUUUGGUUCUUUGAGGGAUGAAUAAUACAUUUUGAAUUGGUUGAGUUUGUUCAUUCUUCAGUCUCCCAAAGCCUCCAGCCGCUCUCUCUUAUGUGGCCAACAUUCUAAGUAUUUGGUUUGUUUUUAUAAGUCGGUGUUACUUGGAUAGCCUAUGAAGUACCACCCUUUUAUGAAAAAGGUGAUAUAUAUAAUUUAGAAACUCAUGUCUGCCCUGGCUCUGGUCCUUAUACAUCUAGUAUAUACUGAUUUGUUUACCCCACUCUGCUCCCCUCCCCCAGCCCUGGGAAUUUUUAAACUAUCUGCCUAUAGUAAUUCUUUGAUCGGCAAAUAAAUUUGGUGCACUGAAAAUAACCUAAAGCUAUCCCACGACUGUUAUUUAAAGUGUGUGAAAUGUUUCCACGUUUUUUUAAGAAAUAUACAUGUAUGUAUAUAUUAUACCUAUUUUUAAUAUCAACUUGAUUAGCCUUUGUAAACUAAUUUUCUUUUCGCUUUAUGAAACAGUGAUCUUUUAAAAUAAUCUAAAGAUUAGACAGUCUAAACAUUUUAUAUUUUUUAUACGUUUUAGACUUGACAGCAUAGCAGACAGCUACUUUGCCUAAUAUUGCUAAUGUUUAAGAAUUUUUAAGAAAUUAUGAAUUAUAUGUAUAUCAGAAGUCCCAAAACAAAGUGAUUUAAGUCUCAGUUGUAAUUUCAGUCCAGGAAAAAAAAAAAUGUGAUUAUCUUAAAUAUUCUAAAAUCAGUUGAUUGUACUUUGUUAAUGAAUAACACCUUUGCCUAGUAAUGAAGAGGAUACCAUUGUACCUGGUAAAAAUCAUAGGUGUAAAAGGGUGUUUAAGUGGUGGAGAACACUUCAGUUUAAGGAGGCAGAAAAAAAUGGAAGAGUUUCUGUUACCGCUAGAAAAAAAUCAUGAGUUAGAAUGUUUGUUUUAUUUGUGGAAUAUUCCAGAAAUUUCAUAGUAUAUAUUAUAAAACAAGUUGCCAAAGAAAGUAGUGUUGAGAUUUUUUCUAAUCCUGGGUAUUGAAGACACUUUGUGUAUUUUGCUUAAAAGUAAUUGAUAGUUUUGAACAUUAAAAUCUUCCCCUAUGACCAAGAAAUAUGAGAAGAAACUUGGUGAGAAUAAGUAGGUAUAUGAAAAGUAUUUCUAUCCCCUUUACGUCGUUUUCUAAUAGUGAAAGAAUUAAAACAUUUUUAGGAGGCAGUAGGAAUUGAAGAAUGGAAAAAAGCAUAUUGGCCCUACUUCUACUUUGGAUGUAAAUUAGUUAAUCUCUAAGCCUUAGUUUUCUCACCAUUAAAAUGAACAUACCAUCUACCUUAAAAUGUUAUAAAAAUUUUAUUGAAAUGCUAUCUGCAGAAUACCUGCUUCAA